GGCCACACUGCAAUCGAAAAAAAAACUUUGAACGGAACGCACGGACGCUCCGCUGUCGACGGAAAUCGCGAAGGGCGGAUGAGCUGCGCGAGUUUAAUGGAAUAGCUAGCAAUCGAGUUGUUCGCCAGUUUCCGCUUCCGCUGCGACGCACUGCCUCCUGCAGGCUCUCAAAGGAUAUUCGACGCAGUUUCCGCGAGGGAAAUGCAGCUCCAGUGAUGAGACCGCAGAGUCACGCGUGUGAAGAGCACGAAAAGUGAGAAGAAAACGAAAUAAGCGAGAGGAGAAGCGAAAAAAAACAACAAAGGCAACGGGCAACAAGAGGCAUUUAAACGAAAUCCGCAAAAAGUGUUAAAAUCAGUAAUGUGCAUUUAGCAGUUUGCCAAAAACAAAUUGCAUUGCUUCUUUGUUUUGUUUGGUUUGCCUCGCACGCGCCCGUGUGUUGGUGCGAGAGUGCGCCAGUGUGAGUGUGUUUGUGUGUGAGAGCAAGGACAACAAGAAACGCGUGGAAAUAGGAGGAGGAGGAGAAGGAGAAGAGGAAAAGCAACAACUGUGGAGCUGCAGCUGGAAAAAAACACUCUCCUGCGAUGGACACGUUUCGCAAAUGGCUGAACAAACCCAAGGCUGAUGACAAAUCCCUGCUGGCCCGCUUCUUUCAUGCGGAUCGAUCGCUCACAGCGGUGGCCAGCGAGUUGGACAGCUUCGAUGGACGAGCGGAGCCGGAUAGAUGCACCAGAUUGGUCAGCAGACUGCGACAGAACCAGGACAAAGUGCUGGCCAUCACGAACUUGAUAAUGGAGGAGCUCCUCGGCGAGGAUCGAGAUCCUCGCGCCUUUCGGGCCAAGUUCCCCGAAGAGGUGCUCCAGGAGAAUCUGGCCGGGCAGCUGUGGUUCGGCGCCGAGUGCCUGGCUGCUGGCUCCUCGAUCAUGAACCGGGAGACGGAGAGCAAGGAGAUGCGUCCACUGGCCCAGGCGGUGACCAAGAGUUUGGGAAACGUGCGUGUCCUGCUGAGGGAUCAGUGUUUAAAGAACAAUGUGCCCAACAGCAAGACUCUUCACCUGGACCUGAACGACUCCACCACGGAGCAGCUUUAUGAGAGUCUGAAGAUCUUUGAUCGACUCUUCGCCGAGUUCGAGUUGAGCUAUGUGAGUGCCAUGGUGCAGGUUAAGUCCCGCCACGAGUACGAGAUGCAGCAGUGGAUAGGCGUGCUCUUCUCGGAGACACUGCAGCGGGCUCUGAAGAUCGGACUGCUCGACCAGGACAUGGUAGACGCCUUCGAUCCCGGCCUGAUGUUCUCCAUUCCACGGCUGGCCAUUGUUGCUGGUUUGGUGGUCUAUGCCAAGGGACCGCUCAACAUGGACAUGCCGGGUGAUCAGCUUUCAGAGAUGUUCCGUCCCUUCCGCACCAUCCUCAUCAAGAUCCGCGAUCUCCUGCGCAACCUGAACAACCAGGAGCUGUAUCAGUUGGAGAAGCUGCUGUGCACCAACGAGGACAUCAACACUAAGGUGCCUCUCGGUUCGAGCAGCAUCGAGGCGCCCAGUCCGGAGCACAGCUCCCAUCCUACGACGAGCAGCAGCCAGAACCAUAACAACAACAGCAGCAGCAACAACAACCACAGCAGUAGCACCACCACGACAACAACCACCGCGGUGACAACAACUACGCACAGGACUGUGGAGCGGCUGGUGGAUCAGCGAAACAACAACAACAAUAAUAGCAACAGCAACAGUAGCACCAAUCCUGCCGGGGAGGGAGCUACGCUGCGCACUCCGUCCAUGUUGUCGCUGUCGCCCACCAGCACGCCCACCGCCUCGCCCGCCCCUUCGCCCACGCCCUCGCACUCGAUAGCCUCCACCUCAUCUGCGGCCACCAGCUCCACGAAUCCGCCAGCGGACUGGAGCGAUGGCGAUGAUGAGGACGAAGACGACGAGGAGGAGGAUGAGGAUGAGGAUCUAGAAAGCAGUGACGAUGACACGGACGAGGAGCAGCUGCUCAAGGACAUUGUGGCGGCUGACUGUGCCUCCGGAUACCUCAUACCCAACACCAAUCUCGGAAAUUUGCUGCAGCCCCAGGAGGUUCCUCUCACGGACAACUUCGUGGCUAGCGAAGAUGACGAGUACGGAACGGGGGAGCAGCAGGGCCAAGCAGAGGAGGAGGAGCCCAGCACCAGUGCUGCCAUGCUGGCGGCCACCCGCACCUUGCAGCGGCUGCGCCUGCCCAGCAGCGACACUGAUCCUUUUGCCGAGCCCACGACAAUCAAGGCAUCCGAGGAGCAGAUGCAGCAGCAACCGGCCUUGCCAAGCGGACGCCAUCGGGAGAGUCACAGUCAGCGGUACCAUCAGCGCCACCACCAGCACCACCACCAUCAUCAUCACCAUCACUCACAUCAGCAUCAGCAUCAGCACCGCCAGCCGCAUCCGCAUCGCACAACGCGCAGUGGUCGCAAACGAUGCAGCCUGGAAGCGCCCGAGGCGGAGCCAAUUCAGCUCGAGAGAGAGCAGAACCUGGCCAGCGGCAACACCAGUGCCGCCUCCUCGCUGUCCGACGAUGUGUCGCUGGCCAUGCGUAAUACCACGGCACGCCUCAAGUUCAAGAGCACCGAGAACCUGCUACACCGCCUGUUUGUCUGCAUUGCCGGGGUGGCCGACCAGCUGCAAACGAAUUUCGCCUCCGAUCUGCGCCAGAUCCUGCGCAGUGUAUUCCUCAUGAACAUGUCGUCCGCCCAGGAGGAGAUCGACAUACCGGAAAAGACAAAGGAGUCGGAGCUGUUCGAGUUCCGGGCCUCCGAGAACGAUGUGAUACAGGAGAGCGCCGGCUCCAACCAAAGCAUUUACUCAGCGGAGGAGGUGAAUCCCGAGCUGGACAAUGUGUUCAGCGCCGGCGGUGGCAACCAGGCCACUGGCCAGCGCCAUUCCGCCGGCGCCAGUAUGCAGCGAAAUAAUACCAUCGAUCUGGUGGGUCAAUCGAGCGACGGCAGUCCCAGUGGAGCAACGAUGGCCACCAGUCGUUCGCAUGUGACGCGUAGCCGGAGUCUCGGGGAUCAGGAGGCAGCCAGCACUGCCACCAGCAGCAGUGCACACUUGCGUCAGCAGGAACAGCAGCAAUUGCAGAUUCAGCUGCAGCGGCAGCGAAACAAUUCCGUGGGCAGUAACACGCCCUCCAGCGCCUCCUCCACAAGCUCCAGCUCCGAGCAAAACUCCCCGGUGAGCGCCAGGAGCGGCAGUCGCCGGCGCCUGCAAAGCAACAACGAAACCCAGAUGCCCUCCUCGGCCACUUCCGGCUCAGCCACGCUCUCUCCGCCGGCCUGGAUUCCCGAUGGGAAGGCACCGCGCUGCAUGGCCUGCCAGACGCCCUUCACUGCCUUCCGCCGGCGGCACCAUUGUCGCAACUGCGGGGGCGUCUUCUGCGGAGUCUGCUCCAACGCCUCCGCUCCGCUGCCGAAAUACGGACUGACCAAGGCGGUGCGCGUCUGCCGCGACUGCUAUGUGCGCGAGGUGCACUCGGGUGGACGCAUGGGUGUCCAGGGGGUGCAGAGUGUCCAGAGCGUCCAGGCCACCGCCUCUUAGGACUGGCCCAUGGCGCUAGACGGCGCGGCUGACGACCAAAAAUAUGGCCGAAUCGGAGGAAAAGCAAACUGUGAAUCGCAAUUGUUCCGCAAACAUUGUUUUCUUUAUUUUAUACGUAAUCCUAAUCCCAUGCCAAGGGGCCACAUGACCACAGCCAGGGCUCGCGCAUAUAGAUCAUAUAUAUCUUAAAUAUAUAUAACCAUAGCUAUAUAUUUUUAUUUCCAAAACAAAGACCAACUAAGCGUCUAUCAAACGAGUGUACAAUAAAGCUUCAAUAUGUACUAACGCGACAUUUGUUCAUAUCAAAAGAUAGCGCCAGCUAUAAGUUCGGCUUGCAUUUUUU